AUGGACAUCUGCCAUGAAGCUCCCGUCAAGUGCCUCGCAUACUCCCCAGACGGCAAGUGGCUGGCGACUGGAUCUGAGGACUGCACUAUCAUCCUUUGGGAUUCAGAAGGGCAACUUGUCCAGGAGUGGGUCGCCCAUGCCGGAGAGGUGUGGUCAAUCGCAUUCUCUCCUGACAGCCGACAUCUUGCAUCCGUCGGUUUCCGCCGGGAACACGCGGUAUGGAAUGUCAUGCCCGGGCAAGGUGCGCCAAAGGCUAUGAUCCUCGAAGGGCACACCGGAUUAGUCGUUAGCUGUGCCUGGUCACCCGACGGGACUCUGAUCGCGGCAGGAUCCGGCGACAAGACUGUUCUGCUCUGGGACGCUCGGACAUUCCAGCUGCUUCAUCGGCUGAACCUCUUCACCUUGGAACAGCAUGCCCAUGCUGUAACCCACAUAACGUUCUCAUCUGAUGGGAUACGCAUACUGUCGGCAUCGAGUGACGGCACAGUGAAGAUCUGGGACGCAUUCAGCGGCGCUCUGAUUCUGUCGCUCGAAGGACAUACCUGCGGAGUCAACAAAGCCUGCUUCUCUCCGUGCGGGAAGUACAUUGCGUCCGCAUCAUCUGACCAGACCGUAUGGCUGUGGAGCAUAGACGAUGGAUCGUGCGUAGAGACACUCUUCGAGCACAGAGCCGACGUCAGACACGUAGCUUUCUCCCCUGACGGAAUGACGCUAUCGUCUGGUGCAUGCGAUGGGACAGUUGCUAUCAGACAUAUACGCGACAUCAUUCUAGUACAAGAUACGGAUAUGUAA